GGAAGUUUGUUCCACACCUGACCCAGAUUCUCCGGUUCUGUCAGGAGAAAUGGGUCAGGAUGAGAGUAAACUGACCUAAAGCAGGAAAACUGUAACCGGACUUUAAAAGGGGAUUAAAUCUGUGUUGUUUUCUCUGGUUCCUUUAAGAAAAUCUAAUAAGUUUACAGAAAGACCAUCUCCUGUAAAGCAGGACCAGGCGCUCCGUCCCGCCCCAUCAGGUGAUCCCGGCGCUGCGUUUGAAGCCCGACCCUCAGAGACGCUCUGAUCCUGAACUGUGUCAGCGAGCGGCGGUGAUUUCUGGCUAACGGGACGCGAUCGUCUGAUAUUCUAAUUAGCGCUACAUCAAAACAGGAAGGAGGUCUCCCCGCUCCCGGAGGACAGGAUGCUGUCCAACAACGCCUCUGUCUCUGUCUGAGUGUUUACCAGAACUUUUCCAGGUCAUUUCAUCUCAUUUCAGCACCAAAGUCUCUGUUCUGAGGACAGCAGGUUCAAACAACGUUCGGUAGAUUUCACACAAACUGUUUCCUCCAGGAGCAGAAAAUCCUGUUUUUAGUAGGAAACUCCUGGUUCAUGAUUCUUCCACCUCCACGUCUGGAACAGACAGUUUCUAUAAAGUAUUCACACUGAUACUGUUUAAGUUUCCAAACUUUUGUUUGUAUGUAACAAGUUUUUCACCAGACUUUAGAUGGAUAGAAGUGUUUACAGUUAAAGCUUAAAUAUGAAACUUUGAGUGAAAACAUAUUUGAUGAAACUGUCAUCAGGUUGUGACAGUUUAUGAGAUAAUCUGAGUCCUCUGUCUUCUCCCAGCGCUAACUAGAAACAACCAAUCAGAGCGUGGAGGCGGGUCUUAGCGCUGUCAGUCACCAUCUCGUAUGGCGCUGCCAGAUUUUUCCCAUCAGUAGAUCCUGCUGUGAAUGCUAGGCUAGUUAGCAAAACCACCGAUGAUGGUGCUUUAAUGAUUUUCCUGUAAUGAUGAGUUGUUUCUCCACCAUUAGCACAUUUAGUAGUGAGUACACAAGGAUGAUUGACAGCGCUGAAACCCUCCUCCUGGUUCUGAUUGGUUGGUUUUGGAGCAUUUCUUCAGCUGGCAACUACCGCUCCGGGAAGAAAGAUCGAUGUUUUCACAGAUUACGUCUCAUAGCAAACCUUCGCAACAUAGUGAAAGUUUUACCAAAUAUUCCAAAACCUGAUUUUUUAUAGACGUUAAAGCCAGAAGUUUACGGCAUAAUGACCCAAAGCUGAGCCAGAACUCCGGAUAAAGAACAAGAUCAGGUUAAAAACCCAACGGAGCUGCUGCACCGUGAAGAGCGACCCACAAAGCUCUGCAGCCGACAUGCAGAAAACUUUCUGUUCUGCGUUCGUCUGUUUUAUCACAAAUUGAUCCCAUUAUUUGUUUUUAAACUACAAUCACUUAUUUGUGCUGUGUUUUCACCUCAGAGUGCAAAUAGACAUUAAGCUGCAUAAUUUUCAUUAAAAACAUGAAAAAUUGUGAUUUUCUAAAACCAGUAGUGACGACUGUAACGUUUCUAAUCCAGAUGUUUUCAUCUGAUCCGAUCAGACGCUGAGUCGUCAUUUCACAUCACAACAUGAUCCGUGUUCCACCUUCAUAUCUGGGUUUAAAUAAUAUCUAAUAACAUCCCACAUCUCAGCUACGCAUUUAAAACAAGGAUUUCGAUUUUCUUCUGACUUUUCAUCUCAAAUAAAUCAACUUUUUCUGUUGAUCUGAAAUCUGGAGCUUCUUAUUCAGUUAUUUCAUCUUUUUAUGCCUGAAUGUGAAUCAAUAUUUUCAUCUGCAGUCAAAUCAAAGGAAAAACAUAAAUAAACAAGUCCAAUUAUGUUUUCGUCUUUGUCCAAUCGUGUUCGGCUGCAGGGAGGAGUGGAAGCAAAAUAAAAAGCAGAACAUGUACAAAGCUCAGAUGAGGAAGAAACGACCAGAGAUGGAGCGGAGGAAGAGGAGGGAGCGACGAUGUGGAGAGGAAGAGGAGGAGAAAAGAAGAGACGUUAAAAAACUGCAGAUUGAUCACGAAGCGAAAGAAGAACUGGAAGAAAAUUAGAAAAAAUAUUUUAUUUAGCAAGAAUUAGAAGCAAGCAGCUCUUCUUUCAUCAGCACAGAAAAGGAUGAAGGUAUGAGGAUGACUCCAAAUGCUCAGGAGUCCGUCAGGUGCGGCGCGUCGUCCUGCAGCUGCGCCUGUUUUAAACCCGGAAAGGUCAAACUCAGGUCAUGUGAUCACUGUGGACACGGCUGGGUGGAGCACGCUCUGGAGAAGGUCCAGGCCCGGCCGGCGUCCGGCUCCGGCCCGGUGGAGGUGGCCCUGCCGGGGCCGGUGUUUGACCUGAGCUCCCUGGUUCUGUUCGGAGCUCAGGCCGUUCCCGUCCAGCUGAAGAUCUUACUGGACCGACUCUACAGCGUCCUGCCUCCAGAGCAGGUGGGUCAGAUUCUGAACAGUCUGGGCUGGAGUUUGGGUGAUUACGUCCGAGGAUACAUGCUGCAGCGUCCUGAUGGGGGCGUGUUGGAGCGCUGGGAUGCGGCCACGCCCCGGGAGCAGCUGCUGCUCCUCAGACAGUUCCUGCGCUUCGGAGAGACUCGGCCCAUAGUGGAGGUGAUGAUCCUGCAGCACCUGGAGGGUGAAGAGAUCCCGCCUGACCAGCAGCCAAACGCUCCGGUGAAAAACAUCCAGUCGGGUUCGAAUAACGGAGCGUCCGGUUUGAGACUCGGUUCUCUGAGAGACGGCCGGCUGGCGGAGAGCAACGCCGCCUCAGGAAACGGCCCAGCAGGACAGUCAGUGCUCCUGCCUUUCCAUUUUCCACAAUCAGGCAUCUACCGUUCAGCAAAGGAAACAUUUCCUUCCACUGAGCUGCAAAACGUCCUGCAGGAUUUCAGGAAGAACAAACUGGUUCAGAAACACGACAGACAUCGAUGUGAGGAAGACGACGACUCUGAACGGCAGAGAUCAGAACCGGCCUUGGCCAUAAAAACCGACCCGGACAAGUCAAAUCCGUCACCGUGGCAACAGAACCCCAUCCUCCACCAGGACCGGGUUUUCCUCCAGAAGAGAUUCCUUUCUUCCUCUUCCUUCAACUUCUCACUUCCUCCUUCCUCCCUGGUGUGUUCUCCACUCCCCUCCUCUUCCUCCUCUCGCCUCCAACCUCCUCCAACGCUUCCCUCCUUCUCCUCCUCUUUCCUAAGACCUCUUCGCUCCUUUUCUUCCCCUCUCCUCCCUGUUACGUCGCCGUGUUCGUCCCUCCAUCCUCUCCCGUCUUCCCUUUGCUCCUUCCCUUCCCUCCUGGCCGCUGGGGGUCGGAAGGGCAGGGUCAGCUGUGGUGUCUGUGGGAAAAGCUUCUAUGACAAAGGAACCCUGAAGAUCCACUACAACGCCGUCCACCUGAAGAUCAAACACCGCUGCACCGUUCUGGGCUGCGCCAUGGUGUUCAGCUCCCUGCGCAGCCGCAACCGGCACAGCGCCAACCCGAACCCGCGGCUGCACACGGCCGGCAGCAGAGAGUCUCAGCCGUACCGAAACACGCUGAGUGGACAGAGCGGCGUUCACGCUCCAACGCAGAGACACCAAGAGAAACAGGAAACACAGGGAAGCAGGAACCAUGAUUCCUCUCACAGCCCGCCUCAGGAAGCCGCCUCCCCCGCUCCGCCUCUCAUCCCUCCAGCUCCACCCUCAGGGGGCAUCUGGCCCUCAGGGGGCUCCCCGUCUUCACUUACCAACCUGCAGACUGGUCAGCAGUGGUGGCAGGGGAAUCAGUCCUUACCGCAGAAGAAGAAACCAAGGAAGUCGAGCAUGCCACUGAAAAUAGAAAGAGAGACGACUCAAAACAGCAAACAUGAAGGCGAGAGCUGAAAGACUCUGAAAUAUUGUUUACAUUAAUAAAAAACGGAGCAGGAGCUUCAGUUUGUUGCAGCUUUGAAAUGAUUCUGAAUUCACACAUUUUUGCACGUUUACAAAUAUGUCGUACUUUGUGUCCACUGGCUGUUUACCUGUAAUUAUUCAAUGAUAAACUUCAUAUAUCACACCUGAA